GAAGAUAUUUCUGUGGAUACACACACAUAACUUUUGAAAACAUCCAUUGUGGCCUGCUGCGUUUAUUGAUAAGAUGUUUGGUAGAUUGACUCUUCCUCAAAUGUUUCUUGCAAUUGUCUUUGGAGUUGCUGGAGGAAUCUAUAUUUAUCAACCAAUCUUUGAACAGUAUUCUCGAGAUCAGAAAAUAUUAAAGGAAAAGUCACAAAUUGUUCAAGAAUCAGAAGAGAAGAAAAGUUAAUGAUGGACUUGAACUGUACUAGGUGCUUAAAACCCAAGUCUGUGACAAGAUAUACCUGUUAUUAUUUUGAGCAUACUUAAGUCAAGAAUAAUGAUUUAAGUGGUUCUUAAUACUGUGUUUGAAUUUUUCGUAUACGUUUUUCUUGUUUGUCAUAUUGUCUUGACCUUCCUCAAGCCUGCUAAUUUCCUUUCACUAAAAUCAAUAUCUUAAUGUUGUAGUUCUUUGGCACCAAUUUCCCAGAACUUGUAGUGUGGGCACUUGCUUAUGGGGGCAGUUUUGGGGAAGUCUAUACAAGUGAGUAUUAGUGGUAUUUAGUAGGUCUUAGACGGGAGCUCUUUGACCUGAAUUUCAUGGACUCGCAGGGGGUCUACAGAUUUCAAAGUGGGGGAGAUCUCUGACCUUCUAUAAGAAAAAGAUUGCAUCUUCAUUUCAAAAUGCUUGGUUUCUUUUUUAAAUCUUAUAUAUUUUAUGUAUUCGAAAAUUUUUUUGAAAAGGGAUCCAUGACAGAAGAGGUUGAGAAUCCCUGAUUUGGGAGGAGAUGAUCUGGGCAACUGCCUGAUGCAGAAGCUUCUACACUUAGUUUGAAAAGAUUCAAAUGCAUACCAACUGACCAGAAGCUCCUCAUCGCUCUAGUCUCCUCCCCAACCUUCACCUUCUCUAUCUUCAGUCUGGUAAAGUAGAAAAGUACUAAGAAUUGGACUUGCAGAUGUAGCUGGACACCUGGUAGGUUCAAAGCAAAGCUUUGUAUGUAGGAAAGGUGAUACAGUGCGCAUUAUACUUCGUCGUAAAAAUAUGUAACACUGUCUUUCCAUGUAACUAAACACCGAUCCACAAAUUAUAGACCAAUUUGUAUCAAAAAGUGGAGUAGGGAAGGGAAAGAGGAAAGCUAUAAUUCAAGAAAUACUUUUAAAAAAUUAAUUAUCACCUACCCAAUACCAGUUUAAAAGGCUUAGUGUUUUGAUAGCUUUUGUGCAGCUUUUUAGCUUAUGUUAACAAGGAUACACACAAUGCUUUUAAAAUGUAAAGAACUGUUUUCCCUGCUGAAUGAAUUUAGUAAACUAGUAAGGUCUAAUUUCAGUUAUCUAUGAUAAUUAAAAUCUAUAAAUAAUUACCAAAAAUCAUAUACUAGGAUGUGGCUGGUCAACAAAUAUUCUGAUUUCAAAUCCUGGCUCAACCAGUACAGUGUAACAAAAUGACAUAUUUGAAUAAUUGCUGGUGUUACCUACAAUGUAAAUGAUGAUGCUGUUUAGCUAUAAAGCAGAAAUUAUUAUUUUGAUAGAACUCCAGAUGGCAUGAGCAAAGUUCUACAUGCAGAAAUUUCACAGAAAAGAUUAUUUCAUCUAUAUGUUAUUGGGAAUACCUAUACAUACACACACAUACACAUACAUAUAUACAUAUAUACAUACACAUACCUAUUGGUAAAAUACAUCUGUAUGUAUUAGGGAAAAACAACUCUGAAAUUCUCUGUAAAAAUAGCAGUAGUAUCUACUUUAAUUCCAUAGUCAGAAUAUAUCCCUGGGAGAAAUUUGUAGCAUUAUUUUCAUAAGUAAUUGUGCCAAACUGACAGAAUAUUAGUAUUAUUGAGAAUUGUAGAAAAAUAGUUUUUGGGUUGUUGCCUAGAGUUAUUAUCAAGAAAUCAGGGUUUCCUUCUAAAGCCAAAUGGAUGUUAGCUGCAGAUUGCAAAAAAAAAAAAAUCCAUCCCAGUUUUCAUAGAAGUAGAAGAGUCAUCAAUGCUUUGGUAGCAAAAAGGCUGAGAUCAAAUGAGAUGAUAAAUGGGAAGGUAUUACAAGAAGUAGAAAACUCUAGACAAAUUGUUCCCAAGUUACAACUUUGAGUUGUAUUCCAGUAGUUGGUUGGCACUCAGAAAGCUUUUUUCUCAUUUAAACUGUUACAAAUUAAAAAUUUUUUUUUCAA